UUGUUGAAGCUAAUGAAUAUAGUAAGAAUAAAAAUAAAUCAUCUAAUAAUAAAUUAGAGAAAUCUAAAGGAUUUUUAGUUAUAGAAAAUUCUGAUGAAAAAUCUAUACUUGAAAUCAAUAACAUCCAA